ACAUUUUCGACACCGGAGCUUUUGAGCAGAACUCACCAUGUUCGGGUCGACUCCUCUUGCCCUUGAGCGCGCGGCUGAGCUCGCAAAGCCGCCGCCCGUGGGACAGCCUCACAGUGUCGCCUUGCCUGGGUCGAAGCAGGAGGGACGCAGUGCUGUGUAUAGACAUUGGCGGUUUCAGAACGAGCUGUUGAAGACAUUGGAUCCUGCGAUUACGACCUGUCACGAGGCCUUUGAAGCCACAGCAAACCGUAUACCGAAACAGAGAUGUCUAGGCCAUCGUCCGUGGGAUCCCGUAACGAAGACCUUUGGAGCAUACCAGUGGGAGGAUUACCAGACAACACAACGGAGGAGAGCGAAUUUCGGGGCUGGCUUGGUCGAUCUGCACGAGAAGCACGGUGUGACCGGAUCCAAAUACCCCGUGGGACUGUGGUGUCAGAAUCGGCCAGAAUGGCAGAUUACAGACCUGGCAUGCAUGUCCCAAGGGCUCUUCACCGUCUCCAUCUACGAUACCCUAGGCCCGGAUACUGCGGAGUACAUCAUCAACCACGCGAACCUGGCUUGCGUGGUAACCUCCUUGGCUCAUGUUACCACACUCUUGAAGCUGAAACCGCGGUUGCCAUCUCUGAAGUUUGUCGUCGUUCUUGAUCCCCUGACUGCAGGCGAGCAACCUGGACAAUCCAAAGCGGACCUGCUGAAUUCCCUCGCGAAGGACAUCGCCCUUUCGAUCCAUAGCCUCCGAGAUGUCGAGGCAGCUGGCGAGAAAUCUCCACGUCCCUACAACCCGCCUACUCCUGACGAUGUUGUGACAAUAAACUACACGAGUGGAACCACGGGUGAUCCAAAGGGAGUUGUCCUGACCCAUGCCAAUGCGGUAUCAGCGACUAUGGCGAGCUUCCUUAUUCUCAAGUCCGGCACCAACGACGUUACUUCCUCGUUCCUACCGUUAGCACACAUUUACCAAAGAGUGGGAGAGCAUACUGCGCUAGCCUCUGGGGCUGCGAUUGGCUAUUUCCAUGGAAAUAUUGCAGAGUUGGUCGACGACCUCAAGCUAAUUCGGCCUACGGCAAUGGCAGCUGUUCCUCGUCUUUACAACCGAUUCGGAACUGCUAUUAAGGAGAAUACCAUGGAGCAAGCCGGCUUCAAGGGUGCUUUGUCCCGGCAUAUUGUAGCAACCAAGCUUGCUGCGGUCAACAACAAGACACCUGGGGCUGCCACCAACAAGCAUGCCUUCUACGACAGGAUCUGGGCGAAGAAGAUUCAGGCAGCUUUGGGCCUUGAUAGGUGCAAGACUCUCGUGUCCGGAUCUGCACCCCUCGACCCAUCUCUUCAUCAAUUCUUACGCGUGGUAACGGCGAACCACUUUUUGCAGGGCUACGGCCUGACCGAAACGUACGCGGUGUCUCUAGCUCAGCUGGAUGGUGACGUGUCAUCUGGCAACUGCGGAGCAGUAAGUCCAAAUGGAGAGUGCUGUCUCGAGGAUGUUCCAGACAUGGAGUAUCUUUCAUCGGACAAGCCCUACCCGCGUGGCGAGCUCCUCAUCCGCAGCGGGUCUCUUUUCCGCGAAUAUUACCGCAACGAGGCGGAGACGUCGAAGGCCAUUGACAAAGACGGAUGGUUCCACACCGGCGACAUCUGCCACGUCGACGAGCUCGGCCGCUUCAAGAUCAUCGACCGCAAGAAGAACGUCCUGAAGCUCUCUCAAGGCGAGUAUAUCUCGCCCGAGCGCCUUGAGAACGUGUACCUAGCCAAUCUUGGCUGGUUGGCGACGGCAUAUGUCCACGGUGACUCUUACCAGAGCUUCCUCGUUGGUAUCUUCGGCAUUGCGCCUGAUAGCUUUGCGGCUUUCGCUGGAAAGGUCCUCGGAGAGACUAUUGAUCAUUUAGACCUCGCGAAAUUGAAUGAAGCGUGUCAGAAUCCGAGAGUGGUGAAAGCGGCGCUGGCUGCGUUUGACAAGGUCGGCAAGAAGAACAAGUUCAACAGCUAUGAGAGGGUGCGCUCGAUCAAGCUGUUCAUUGAUCCGUUUACCAUCGACAAUGAGCUUUUGACGCCAACUCUCAAACUCAAGCGCCCACAAGCCGCAAAGAAAUUCCGCGACCAUAUAGACGAACUGUACGAUACUGCACUUGAAGAAGAGAAGAAGAACAAACCGAAGGCGAAGCUAUAGAGGGAAGUUACGGAGAACAUAUGGUCGGCGUGGUUUAUUUGUUUGCCUUAAACCUCGGCUAGAAAGCUUGUGAUGCAUGGUUUUAGUGCGGAGCAUCGUUUCAGCGGGUAACUGCAUGCAGAUAGGUUUGUCUCUCUGCACGGUGACACCUUAUUGUAACCUUCGUAGAUUAGGUCGCGUAAAAUAAAUGUAUAAAGACCUUACUUUCGACAGUGUCUUCACGCUGAUUAUAUUGCUUUUAUUGAUUCUUCAAGAGAUAUGAGGCCUUAUUUGUGUCGGUAUCCAUAAUCUUGAACGCUGCGUUUAUAUAUCAUGCUCU